AGACGUAUUAAGAACAUGAACAGAGCAACUAAAGUGGCAUUAGUUGCCGAAGAAAGGACAGAAGCACCAAAGGAAAGAAAUGGAGGAAUCCGUGGAAAAUUAAAUAAAGUGGUUCUGGCCUAUAGUGGUGGAUUAGACACGUCAGUGAUCGUUCCUUGGCUGAGGGAAAACUAUGGCUGUGAUGUCGUAUGUUUUACUGCAGAUAUUGGCCAGGGGCUUGGUGAAACUGAAGGCUUAGAAGAAAAGGCUACGGCCAGUGGUGCAAGCCAACUUAUCAUUCGGGAUCUGAAAGAAGAAUUUGUGAGAGAUUAUGUCUUUCCAUGUUUGCGAGCUGGUGCAAGUUAUGAAAGAAAGUAUUUGCUAGGAACAUCAAUGGCCCGACCUGUCAUUGCAAAGGCUAUGGUGGAUGUUGCUAGAGAAGUUGGGGCAGAUGCAGUUGCACAUGGAUGCACAGGAAAAGGAAAUGAUCAGGUUAGGUUUGAGUUAUCUUUCUUUGCACUAAAUCCAAAGCUGAAUGUUGUGGCACCUUGGCGUUAGUGGGAUAUAAAAGGAAGAGAAGAUGCCAUUGAGUAUGCUAAGAGACAUAGAGUUCCUGUUCCAGUAACUAAGAAAUCAAUUUACAGCAGAGAUCGAAACCUAUGGCAUCUUAGUCAUGAGGGAGAUAUCCUUGAAGAUCCAGCUAAUGAACCACAGAGUGACAUGUUUCUGAUGACAGUGGACCCAGAGAAAGCACCAAAUGUAGCAGAAUAUGUCAAGAUAGGCAUAAGAUCCGGAACACCAGUUUCCCUGAAUGGAAAAGAACUUUCUCCUGCAAAUUUAUUAGCAGAAUUGAAUACAAUUGGGGGAAGACAUGGUAUAGGACGUGUUGACAUGGUGGAGAAUAGGUUGGUUGGCAUGAAGAGCCGGGGUGUGUAUGAAACUCCUGGAGGCACAAUUCUAAAUGCAGCCGUACGAGAAUUAGAAUCCCUCACACUUGAUAGAGAAAUGAUGCAGGUUAAAGAUACCCUGGCUAUAAAAUAUGCAGAGCUGAUUUAUGCAGGUAGAUGGUUUGAUCCAUUAAAAUACUCAUUGGAUGCAUUCAUGGAAAAGAUCAUAGAGACAACUACAGGAACAGUGGUAUUGAAGCUCUACAAAGGUUCUUUGUCUAUUGCAAGUCGAACUAGUCCAUACAGUUUAUAUCGUCAAGAUAUAUCCUCUUUUGAGGAGGGUAGUGGAAUUUACAACCAAGCAGAUGCUGCUGGUUUCAUUCGUCUCUAUGGUCUUCCAAUAAGAGUUCGAGCUAUGCAACAAAAUGGAAUAUAAUGUUAAAGAAGGAUCUUUGCCAUGCUAUUUCGUACUUACUUUCUAGGAAAUGACACAUACCAGUACUAUUUUGGCUCAGGCUUGCUGAACUAUGGAGUUUCCUUUCCAAACAUGCUUGUUUAGCUUGCUAUGUUAUUUGGAAAACUUUCUACAAGUAUUUUGCCUUUUUCAUUUUUCAUUUUUGGGGCUCCCUAGAUGAUUAGUUUUAUGGAAGCAGUGUUUCCAUAGAGCAUCAAAUAAUUUGAGGUAAUUUGGUUGGCUUAGAUUCAGUAGUUUUGUGUCAAUCUCCAUUUAACCAUAUGAGUAAAAACAGUAUACCUGAAAUAAUUAUUAAUACGUGACUUGAAUAUAUGUUGCAGAAGCAUCACGUAUUAAACUGAUGCAAUUAGAGAA